AUGUCAGUUGAUUCUCCUCCACAUGGAGAGAACAAUUGUCCCCAUGGAGACAAGAACAAAGCGAUCAUGAAGAUGUUGUUUUAUCAUAAAUGUCGCAAACCUAGCAUCAGAGUGAUCCACAGCGUUAAGGUUGGAAUUUCUUUGGUGUUGGUCUCUCUUUUGUAUCUGCUGGAUCCACUCUUCGAAGACAUUGGAGAAAAUGCCAUGUGGGCUAUCAUGACCGUUGUGGUUGUCUUCGAGUUCACUGCAGGGGCUACACUGAGCAAAGGCAUAAACCGAGCAAUUGGUACGAUAUUAGGCGGUGGAUUGGGAUGCUUGGCUGCAAUUUUAGGAGACAAAUUCGAAGGAACUGGAAAUGCUAUCAUCGUCGGCACUUCAGUUUUCAUCAUAGGAGCCGCAGCUACAUAUUCGAGGUUGGUACCAAGAAUUAAAAGGAGAUAUGACUACGGGUGCAUGAUCUUCAUCUUGACCUUUAACCUGGUGGCGGUUUCCGGCGUAAGGGCAGAUAAAGUGGUGGCGUUAGCCAAAGUCCGCCUCUCAACUAUCGGAAUGGGCUUUGCCGUGUGCAUAUUCAUCAGUUUACUGGUUUUCCCGAUUUGGGCAAGCGAUCAACUUCACGAUUCCACGGCUUCUAAGUUCGAGAAACUUGCUAGUUGCAUUUCAGAAUGUUUGGAGGAGUAUUUUUCAAUUCCCAACAAAGAAGAAAAUAAGCCAAAAAAGGCCGAUGUUAGUGGCUGCAAGGCAGUGUUCCACUCCAAGUCCACUGAUGAAUCUCUGGCAAAUUUUGCGAAAUGGGAACCUUGGCAUGGGAAGUUUGGACUUUCUUACCCAUGGGAAAAGUAUUUAGAGAUAGGGGAAACUCUACGAGAGCUUGCUGCACUAAUUUUGUCACUCAGAGUUUGUAUCCAGUCGUCUAAACAGCCUGAACUGGAUCAAAGAGAUGCGAUCAAAGAAGGUUGCGAACUUGCUGGAUUGUCGAUGGUAUGGAUCUUGAGAGAACUUGGGGAGAGUAUAUUGACGAUGAAGCAAUGCCGAUCCAAGACUACAAUAACACCGAAGCUUCAAACCAUAAAGCUAGAACUGAGCAAAUUAACACUACUUCCUAUGCCAAUGAAUAAAGGAUUAAAAGACUACAAGGACGAAACUCAUCAUCUGGGAACCUCAAGCUUCAUUUUUCUGUUGAUGGAGAUAACCCACAAAAUUGAGGAUGUAGCUGAUCGAGUAGAACAACUGGGACAAAUUGCUUCUUUUCAGGCCAAAACAAUGGAUGUCUGA